AUGCUUAGGAACUUUAGUCUCGUGACUGUAUUCUUUCUGGCUUUAGCUGCUAUUGCGGCUCCUCUUGAGCCCCUUCGGCCCAUUUUUCAAGCAAAAAGGGCUUUGCAUUCUCUAAGUGAUGGCAUCCAUAUCACAAACCACAAGGCUGUCGCCUUCGCUUCAUCACGCACCCCUUCUAAGUCUUCUCCACAUACUAUGAGCUUGACAAAGCGCAGCAUGAAGGGACAGAACACUCGCAGCGCCGCUCACCACUUGAAGAAAAGAGGCCAAGCUUCGAGCUCUGGUACCUUAGAAGCUUUGCUGAACGGGACUGAAUAUGUCACUUCCAUCAUGUUUGGUAAUCAAACGUUUGAUGUGGUUGUCGACACCGGUUCGAGUGAUACUUGGGUUCCCCAGGCUGGAUUCAGGUGUUAUGACCAAGAUACACAUGAUAGUGUACCUACGGGCAAAUGUGGAUUUGGUCCGGAGCUAUACAAGCCCAGCAGCACUUUCAAGAGAAUCCCUGGCGAGGAAUUCUACGUUAGCUACGGUGACGGUGAGUGGGGUUCAGGCUACACUGGCAACGAAAGCGUCACUUUAGCCGGCAUCACCGUCAAUCAAAAGGUUGGUGUCAUGGACGAGGCCGCUUGGAGAGGUGAAAAUAUCACUUCUGGUCUGGUCGGGCUAUCAUAUCCCGGAUUAACCAGCGCGACCUCGAAUGUCUCCGACGAAAAGCACAUUUAUAAUCCCAUCUUCACGACUAUGUACAAGCAAGGCUUGGUGGACUCAUACUUCAGCCUAGCUUUAUCUCGCAAUGUCUCCGGAGACGCGGGAUACUUGACUCUUGGCGGUCUUCCACCGAUUGACUUCGAGGAGUCCUGGACUAGCACCGAUAUCCUAAUCACGAACGUCGAAGAACAAGAUCAGGGCUUGAGGUUCUACACAAUUAACAUUGACAAUAUGACUGUGGACAAUAAGACUAUCACCAAAGCCGGUGGCAAGAAUAACCAAUACAUUAUCGAUUCCGGCACCACUUACAACUACUACCCAAACGCCACUGCCAAGGCAGUGAACGAUGCAUUUGAUCCCCCAGCCGUUAAGCAGGAUGAUGGAACAUUUUAUGUUGACUGUGCUGCUAUUCCUCCGGCUCAUUCAAUCACCGUCAAUGGCACCAGCUUCGAAAUCAACCCCCUUGAUAUGAUCUAUACAUAUGGACAAGAUGAUGAUGGAAAUAAUCUCUGUCAAACUCAGAUCGUGGCCGGAGGUGCCGAUCCUCAUCAUCAGACCUAUAUUCUUGGGGAUACAUUCUUGAAGAAUGUUGUCGCUGUUUUUGACGUCGGGGCUGCCGAGAUGCGAUUUGCCCCUAAUGUGUACUAUGAGUCCAGCAAGACUUUAUAA